GCCGCCCGCCGGCCCGAUGCCCCCGCAGCAGGGCGGCCCCGCGCUCCCCGGCCGCUGCGAGGCGCCGCCGGUGCCGCCCCGCCGGGAGCGCGGGGCGCGCGGGGCGCGGGGCGCGGGGGGCGCGCGGGGCCGCGCCAUCAAGUGCGUGCUGGUGGGCGACGGCGCGGUGGGCAAGACCAGCCUGGUGGUGAGCUACACCACCAACGGCUACCCCACCGAGUACGUGCCCACCGCCUUCGACAACUUCUCCGCCGUGGUGUCCGUGGACGGGCAGCCUGUGAGACUCCAGCUCUGCGACACAGCGGGACAGGACGAGUUUGACCGGCUGCGGCCCCUGUGCUACACCCACGCGGACGCCUUCCUGCUGUGCUUCAGCGUGGUCAGCCCGACCUCCUUCCAGAACGUGACGGAGAAGUGGGUGCCUGAGGUCCGGCGCCACUGCCCCCGGGCGCCCGUCCUGCUGGUGGGCACGCAGUCGGACCUGCGGGAGGACGUCAAGGUGCUCAUCGAGCUGGACAAGGCCAAGGAGAAGCCGGUGCCCGAGGAGGCGGCCCGGCUGUGCGCCGAGCAGGUCAAGGCGGCCGCCUACAUCGAGUGCUCGGCCCUCACCCAGAAGAACCUCAAGGAGGUCUUCGACGCGGCCAUCGUGGCCGCCAUCCAGCACUCGGACGCCCAGCAGCAGCAGCAGCAGCAGCAGCCGCCGCAGCCGCCCCCCAAGAAGCCCAAAAGCAGGACUCCGGACAAAAUGCGGACCCUGUCCAAGUCCUGGUGGAAGAAGUACUGCUGCUUCGUAUGACGCCGGCCCGCCCGGCGGGCGCCUUGGGUGGGAGGACCUCGGAGGGAGGCGAUGCGAGGAGCAGGGACUCCAGGGCCUGCGCCCCGCCCGCAGGGGGAGCCGCGGUGCACGCCCCCAAAGGGGCCCGCCUCCCUCUGUGUCCCCCUCCCGCCUCUGACGUCCAUUCCGUUCAUUCCUCUCCCGCGUCUGAGCUUAAGGGGGAGACUCCCAUCUGCCUGGCCUUGGGGGAGUCACUGAAGCAGCCGCGGAUGCCUUUGGAAAUGUAGAUGGUUUCUCUCUGACAUUAAAAGGACACCUUGGACCUGGGGGGUCGAGAGUGA